GGCCUCCCAUUGGCUCCUGUCUGCCAACACGUCACAAUCAUGAUUAGAAUUGAUGAUCGGACGUUCUGAUUUCAUUGUCUCGCAAAGCGGACCGGCGGAGAAAUCUGCUGAUUUGGGACGGUCCUCUUGAUUUUGACAUCAAAAAUGACACACAAUGUUGACUAACCGUCUACUGUAUUAAAAGUGCCCUGCUCUUUGUUCACGCAUGUGAGCCCGGUGUUUGCUUUGCUGUUUCCUCAGCCACUUUGGCCGGUGACAUGUCUGUUACACUGACGCAAGAUGAGUGCAAUCAAAACAGUGCUCUCCUAGAAAGCUGGAAGUGCUGCUGUGAUCUGCAUGGCCGCCCCGUUCCCCUCGAGUAGCAGAAUGGAUGCGUGGCCACAAAGGCGUGGCCCGCAGACUAUGAACCUGCGGUCAGUGUUUACAGCUGAACAGCAGAGGAUCCUGGAACGUUACUAUGAGAAUGGGAUGACCAAUCAGAGCAAGUCCUGCUUCCAGCUAAUACUGCAGUGUGCUCAGGAGGCCAAGCUGGACUUCAGUGUUGUGCGGACUUGGGUUGGUAACAAAAGACGAAAACUGGCCUCCAAGGUUGACCAGAAUGGAAACGUGUCUCAUUCCCUAUCCAGUCAUGGAUUACCUGGAGGGCUGCUCUCCAACCACACAUUAUCCGGAGGUGCACUAUCCAAUCAUAGUCUAGCGGCAGGGGCGCUACUUCCUGCUGAUUUGGCCGCAGCACGAAACAUCCAGAAUCGCGUGCAUCUUCUCCCUCCAUCCUCGUCUUUUCCUUCUUUCUCGUCAGCCUCCUCCUCCCCUUCAUCUUCCUCUCCCCUCAGCAGCGGAGGUAACAACAGUAACAAUAACGAUGUAAUACUGACUGGGAUCUACUCUCUGAACCCCACGCCUCGCUCCCAGCCAAGACCCACCGCCCCACCAUCUCAGGCAGACUCUGAGCUUUCAGCCCACACAUCUCCAUCUCUCACCCAGGUGCUGCAGAGCAGGAACAAUUCCACUUCCUCACCUAUCCACUCCAAGCUAGCGUCCCUCUCUCAGACUCUCCCGUCUCUCACAGGUGUCUCAGGACCUUUAGUCUACACUGCAGUCAGGAAAGGCACUUUAUCCAUCGGGGAUGGAAGGAUAAGUGCAGGAGCAGGGGUAGUACCUCACAGCUGGACUAGACAGUAUGGUACAGCGCAGACUCGCCCUUGGUCCUCUUCCACACAGUCCCAACCUCAACCUCAGCCUCAGCCUCAGCCUCAACCUCAGCCUCGACCUCACUCCAACCCCCAAACUCAACCACCUGCCCCACAGAAGCCUCGGGUCUCCCUCCCCAUCCAAACCUCUGCCUCUGAACAGACACCUCGUAUACAGCAAGUCUUCACUCUGUCAGAGAAGGUUGAGGAGGACCGAUUUAGACCUGGACAAGCGUCCGGUCAGAAGAGCCAGGAGAGCCAUAGACCAGCAUUCUACCCUCUGGACACCAGUCAUAACUUCUCCAUUGCCAUGGAAACUGCAGAUGAAGAAGAUGAGUGGCAAAGGGAAGAGGAGUUGGCAAAUAUGGCCUCUCAAACACACGGGGAUCCCACCUCACCCAGCCCAACAGGGGCAGAAGUGUCCGUCGUGAGAGGGGGCCGCACUCCUCCUAAACCCACUUUGCUUCACAGCAACACGACUCUUCAAGGCAGCUACUCCCUCGCAGCACAGACCUCACACACAGGGGAAUCCAGUUCACAGACUUCACUUGAUGUGUCUGCGGCCCCCUGGGUUAUCAGCAACUCCAGAAAGAGAACACUGCAGGAUCGUACCCAAUUCAGUGAUGGGGACCUCAUCCAACUGAAACGCUACUGGGACAGAGGCAUGACUAGCCUGGGCUCAGUAUGCAGGGAAAAGAUCACCGCUGCAGCCAACCAACUCAGCGUAGACACUGAAAUAGUCAAGACUUUUCAAAAUCUGGAUAUCCCUAAUGAGACAUGGAUCAGCAACAGACGGAGGAAGUACCGUCUGAUGGGUAUUGAAAUCCCUCCUCCCAAAGGUGGGCCGGCUGUAUUCUCAACCUCAUCUCCAGGAAACGACACUCCACUGGCCCUCAGUCCUGACGGAGAGCAGCUCCGAACGCCUGAACUGGAGGAUGACUUGAACGAGGGGGGAUCCGUGUGCCUGUCUGACGAUGGGACCAUUGAUUCGCAACACAGAGAUGGAGAUGAUGGAAUAGAUGUGUCCACUGCUAUUCCACUGACCAAUAAUGUGAAGAUUGAAAUGAUUGAUGAGGAUGAAGAUGUUGAUGAGGAUGAUGGGGAAUUAGUGGCGUCAGACCUCGAUCAAAUGCAGAACUUGCUGGAAUUCAAGAAUGAGGAAGUGCAGUUCUUAGAGAACGAGCUAGAGUACCAAAAACAAAAAUACCAGGAGCUUGCAAACUUCACAACAAGCCUCCUCAACGCUGUGAGGAAUAAUGACCUGGAGAGACAGCAGGAGCUCUUGGCCAGCCUACCUCAGCCUUCAGACCAGGACUGGGACAUGUCCAUGGAAAAAGGGGACCAGUCGGACGCAAGGCCCAACUACAGUGAACCCCAGAUCGAUGAUGCGAGUGGCCCGGAUCCUGCACAGGCCCAGUCCACCAAGCAAAUCCUGGUGGUCACCAUAAACAAAGACGAUACAAUGAGUGACGUUACUGAGACCUCUGCAUCAGAGGACCAGCUACAGGAAGCAGCAACGGAACAAAAGUGACCAUCUACAUGAGCUCUUAAACACACAUGCAUACAGAUGUUUUAACACUCCACACACACCCCUUUUCCACCAAACCGGUUCCAGGGCUGGUUGUGGGCCAGUGCUGAGUUUGGAACCAGGCUCUCUGUUCCCGCUGAUAAAGAACUGGCUCCGGGCCAGAAAAAGUGGUUCCAAGGUAGCACCACCUAGAGGAAAGAACCCCUUAUGUAAGCGGAGGGGCACGAGUUAAUAAGACCAAUGGCAAUAGCAAGACUGGGAGAGGGCGCCAUUUUCAAAUGAGCAACCAAGUAUGGAUCCAGCAAAGCAGCAGUGGUCUGUGGAGGAAACAACCUGUCUUUUAGAGAUGUGGUCCACGGACGUUGCUACACAGACCAAGUCUGUAUUAGAGCAAAUACGUUGUUGUUGCUUCAACUUUGGGCCCAAUGAAAACGCAGCGACGUAACUGACGUUUACAGUGACGUUAUGACGUAGCUCCCCAUAGCACCCGAGCUAUGGAAAAACAGCCCGGUUCUCAGCUGGUUCGCAAGUUGAACCAGUUGUGCACCAGCACUGGCCCAGAACCAGCCCUGGAGCCGGUUUGGUGGAAAAGGGGUGACAAAGACUGAUUUUAAACAAAACUGUAUGGUGUAACAGUGACAUAAAUCUCUGGUAAAUUUGUUCUCCAUGCACAGUGCCUGUGGAUUGAUGCUUCACUAUGACUGUUGGGCAGAUGGAUGCCUUUUUUUUUACUGCAUAUCAUUCGCCUUGCUCUGGUCCAGUCCAGAGAGAACAAUAAAU